AUGCCCGUGCUGGCCGUCGUGGGCUUUCAGCUGAUCACUUCCUUCUACAAGAACGAGAGUCAGGUGCGGAGUGAGAUGGUGGCAGAUGAUCAUGUGGACGCCUUGCCGUUGAUGUACCUGGACCAGCUGAAGUGGAUCCCGGUCCUGGCCUUCGCCGUUUCAACGCUGCAGACGGUGAUGCAGCUCCUGGUGACAGCCUCCUUUUGCCGGCUGCUGCCGAAAGUGCAGCCUCCCUUCCAGCGCUCCCUGGGCAUUCGCGCACAGAUCGCUGCGCUGAAGAUGUCUAUGGUGCUGCAGGCUUCGGAGAUGUUGGCCGACGCCUCCAUCGUGCCAUGGUUCAUUCGGAUGUGCGGGGCAUGCUUUGGGCACGGCUGCGCCACGGGCUUGCAGGUGACCUUGCCAGAGACGCUGGAGGUGGGCCACGGGUGCUUCUUCGCCACGGGCAAUAUCCUCACCAGUGUGGACGUGGACCAGGGUCAGUUCAAAGUGCCUUGCAAGACGGUCAUGAGCGACCACACCUUCCUGGGCAAUCACAACCACCUGCCGCAGGGCCUUCCGGAGGGCAGCUUUUGCGGUGUAGGCACCUGGCUGCCGAAUCGGCCCACAGAGCCCAACAUGAGCUACUUCGGGAAUCCCGCGAUGAAGUUCCGCCGCCUCGGCAACCAAUCCGCAGGCACCCGCCAGGGCCCAGAGCGUGCGAGUUGCUUGUCGCGGAUGUGGCACCAUUUCAGCACCAGCGUCAUGGACGUGUUCCUCUAUCGCGGCGUGCAGGGCAUGGUCACGGCUGCUCAGCAGCCGCCGCUUCUGCCCGGUGAUCACGCAGGUUUGGGAGCCUUUUGCUCUGCUCUUGAUCUACAUGGCCUAUGCCUUGGGUUCCUGGUAUCUCUUCUCAGUGGUGUUGGGCAACCUGCUCUUCAACAAUAG